AUGUCAAAAACCGCAGAAGAUCCGCUCCGUAAAUUUGAGGCUCAGUUCCAGAGUUUUGUGGAAAACAACCCUAAUGUGGCUUCUGCAGCUCACGGCGCAUCGCAAAUCCCGGAAUCUGCUAAAGCGGUGGUGGUUUUGUCGCCAUUAUCUUUGCAACAUCAAUUUCCCAGACAUUGGGUAUCGAAACAAUACCGUAAAACCAUCGUGGAGCGGCCAGAACGACUGCUGGCAUGCUCUAUGGGUGUAGCGGCCGCUAUCACCAUGUAUCCAGCUCUUUUCACACUAAAAUCGUCGCACACUCGGCAAACUUCGUUACUGGCAGAUCAUGUCCUCAAAGUUCACGGCAAAGAUUGGCCUGAAGAACUGCUGCGAUUGUGUCAAAACUCUCAAAAGGCUUUGGAUCGGGGUGAAGUGGAGGUUCCAGAGUCCUGGAAUGUGGGUGAUAUCUAUUUAUCGCGUCAAACCAUCGCGGCAUUACAGGGUUCAAUUGGAGCACUCGAAGUUGGCGUAGACUCCAUUUUCAAAGGACGCUCGGUCGAGGAAACCAGCAACCGUGCAUUCGUGGCCCUACGACCCCCGGGGCACCACUCUCAUGCGACCACACCAUCAGGCUUUUGUUUAUUGAAUAAUGCUCAUAUCGCUAUCGAGUAUGCAGCAGAUACCUACGGCGUCACGCAUGCCGUUGUGUUGGAUUUCGAUCUACACCAUGGUGAUGGAACACAGGACAUCUGUUGGAAAAGAGCAGGAUUCAAGCCUGAUGAAUAUGCUGAGGCUGGUGAUGAUGAAUACAAUGAAUUCGGCAAGAAAUUUGCAGAAUACCCCAAAGUCGGGUACUUCUCGCUGCAUGACAUUAAUUCCUUCCCCUCAGAGCUUGGAUACGCGACUAAGGAAAACAUCAGGAACGCUUCCACCUGCAUCAUGGAUGCACACGACUUGAACAUCUGGAAUGUUCAUUUACAGCGUUAUGAUUCUGAUGAGGCCUUUACCAAACUAUACCAAACCAAAUACAGAACAAUUUUCGCCAAGGCUGACGAGUAUUUCAGAACAGCAAAGCACACCAUGAAAGCUUUGGGGAAACCCUUCAAAGGCUUGGUGGUUGUAAGUGCCGGAUUUGAUGCUUCGGAGUUUGAGCAGGCUUCCAUGCAAAGACAUGGUGUGAACGUGCCGACAUUUUUCUACAAUAUGUUUACUAAAGAUGCGCUGAAACUUGCUCAAAUGCAUACCCACGGUAAAGUUCUGUCUGUAAUGGAAGGAGGGUACUCGGAUGGUGCCAUUGCCUCUGGAGUGUUUUCGCAUUUGAUUGGACUCCAAAACCAAAAUUGGAUUAAUGAAUGGGGCUCUUCGCAGGUGAUUAAGGAGAUCGUACGUGGGUGCAAACCGGCAUGGAAACCUUACAAGAGCAAACGUGCACGCGAUGUGAUACGGAUCUGGGCGGAAGAAGUGAUCAAACUGGGUCGCGCGAUGAUCCCCGAGUUUGAAGAAAUUUUGUUCCAGACCGAGGCGGCUGAAACCAAUGUGGAUACUGGGAAACGAGUGACCAGAUCAAGAAAGGCUACGACUCCUGUGGUGCAUCCUGCUACCGUGAUAGACACUCCUGUCUCUCUUCCUCGCAGUGAAACUCCAACGCCAGACGAUAAACGGUAUGUCAGCAAAGGGCAAGUCUCUAGUGUCCCGGAAGCGAUACGUGCUAAGGAUGUGCCGUUUGUGGAGCAGGAACUAGGCAGCGGGGACGAUGACGACGAAGACGAUGACUACGAAUACGACGAGGAACUCAACAAGACGUUCAACCGCACCGUGGAGGACAUUACCAUCGACGAUAUCUCGCGACACUUGGAGAGUCUUGACAUUGAGCCACCGGCACCACCGCCGUCAAGCAGUUCGCGUCCGCAAACAAGAUCUGCCGCGCGCAGUAAUGGAGUAACGGCUUCUGGAGGCUCCUCCGGUGGCUCUUCCUCUGGCUCUUCAAGUUCAACUGGGUCUGCCAGUGACGCUCGCAGGCCACUGUCGUCAUCUAGUACGAACGCUUACAAGAUCCCGUCUGGAUCAACCACACGACAUCUGCGCAACAGUCGUACUUCACGUUUGAUGAAUUUCGACGACAGCGACAUAUCGAUGGUCUCGCAUAUUUCCACAGCCAAGGGACACACUACUCGUAGCGGUAACACCAAAUGGUAG